AUGGGGUCUCCCGGCCCGGGCCUCAACCUCGGCCUCGCCGCCGCCGCCGCCGCCGCCGCCACCGCCGCCGCUGCUCUGCCCGCGGGGUUGUCGUACAAGCCGAACUUGACUGCGCACCUGCCCGCCGCCGGCGCCGCCCUCAGCGCCGGAGGUGUCCACCCACCAACUACUAGCAUGGCGACCUCCUCCCAGUAUCGCCAGCUGCUGAGUGACUAUGGGCCUCCAUCGCUAGGCUACGCCCAGGGAACUGGAAAUAGUCAAGUGCCUCAGAGUAAAUAUGCAGAGCUGCUGGCCAUUAUUGAAGAGUUGGGGAAAGAGAUCAGACCCACGUAUGCAGGGAGCAAGAGCGCCAUGGAGAGGCUAAAACGAGGCAUCAUUCAUGCCCGAAGCCUGGUUCGGAAGUGCUUGGCUGAAACGGAACGUAAUGCCAUGUCCUAG